GAGAGAGAGAGAGAGAGCAGCGGCGGCGGCGGCAGCUGAGUGAACAAACACCAGCGACAGAGAAACAGUAGAUUAUCUUCAGGCAACAGAGCUGUCACUGUAACCUGCUCUCAGCUGAGACGAGGAGACGGAGACGGAGAGAGAGAAGGAGGAGCAGCAGCAGCAGCAGCAGCAGCGGGAGCAGAAACAGGAUCAGGAUCCUCCUGGUCCUCGGUCUGGUCUGAUCUGCUCGAGCAGAUUCAGAUUCAGUCAAAGCUUCGUCUCAGCUGUUAUGAGCUAAACUACGAAGAGACAUGGAAACCAAACCGUUCCUGUCACUGGGGUUUCUGAAGCCCCAGUGCUCGCUGGCUCCCUCUAUGGAGCGAGGUCGCUCAGGUGAACCGUGUUCCUGCUUCAGCGGCGUUUGUGCUCUGCAUCAGCGGCGCCUCUCGUCAGGUAACAGCCACUACUCUUCGGGUCACAUGACCUCCUCGCCCCUGGGCUCGCCCACCUCUCACCGGGGGAUUCACCCGUCUCUGCUCAGCCCGACGUCCAUGGGUCCGUCCGGCUCGCUGCACUCGCCGCUCAGCUCGCUGAGCUCGCCCAUGAACGGCAUGAGCUCGCCCUUCUCUGUCAUCAGCUCGCCCAUGGGCCCGCACUCCAUCAACUCACCGGGGAUGGGCUACGGCUCCAGUCUCAGCCCCCAACUGAACUCUCCCAUGAACUCAGUCAGCAGCACAGAGGACAUCAAACCCCCGCUGGGUCUGAACGGUGUGAUGAAGGUGCCCGCUCAGCCAUCGGGUACCAUCCUGUCACUCACCAAACACAUCUGUGCCAUCUGUGGUGACCGCUCCUCAGGUAAACAUUAUGGGGUGUACAGCUGUGAGGGCUGUAAAGGCUUUUUCAAGCGGACGGUUCGUAAAGAUCUGACGUACACGUGCCGCGACAACAAAGACUGUGUCAUCGACAAGCGUCAGAGGAACCGCUGCCAGUACUGUCGCUACCAGAAGUGUUUGGCCAUGGGCAUGAAGAGAGAAGUUUUGUUACAUGCAGCCGUUCAGGAGGAGCGGCAGCGAGCCAAGGAGAGGAACGAGAACGAGGUGGAGUCCACCACCUGCGCCAACGAGGACAUGCCGGUGGAGAAGAUCCUGGAGGCGGAGCGAGCGGUGGAGCCCAAGAAUGAGACGUACAUCGAGACCAACCUCAGCGCGCCGUCAAACUCGCCCAAUGAUCCAGUGACAAACAUCUGUCAAGCCGCUGAUAAACAGCUCUUCACUCUGGUGGAGUGGGCAAAGAGGAUUCCACACUUCUCUGAGCUGCCGCUGGACGACCAGGUCAUCCUCCUACGAGCAGGGUGGAACGAGCUCCUCAUUGCAUCAUUUUCUCAUCGUUCCAUAGCCGUUAAAGAUGGGAUUCUGUUGGCGACAGGGCUGCACGUUCACCGCAACAGCGCCCACAGCGCCGGAGUGGGCGCCAUCUUUGACAGAGUCCUCACAGAGCUGGUGUCAAAGAUGAGGGACAUGCAGAUGGACAAGACCGAGCUGGGCUGUCUACGAGCCAUCGUUCUCUUCAACCCUGACUCUAAAGGUUUGUCCAACCCUGGUGAGGUAGAAGCUCUGAGAGAGAAAGUCUACGCGUCUUUAGAGGCUUACUGUAAACACAAGUACCCCGAGCAGCCUGGAAGGUUUGCUAAGCUGUUGCUACGGUUACCAGCGCUGCGCUCCAUCGGCCUCAAGUGUCUGGAGCACUUGUUCUUCUUCAAGCUCAUCGGGGACACGCCCAUCGACACCUUCCUCAUGGAGAUGCUAGAAGCACCGCAUCAAAUGACAUAAUGACAAAGAUGGUGGACCCCCCCCCCCCCCCCCCCCCCGGUUCAGGUGCAGGGUCUUUUUUUAAAAAGAAAUCCCGUCUCCAGUAAACGGACAGAUGUUGUGAUGAACUUCUGUGACAAGGAAACAAUGAAAUCAUGGAGUCUGUUUUAUACUCUGUAAAAAUCUAUAAAUAAGAAAAUCUAUGUGACUGGAGUGAGAGCAGUCGACGAGAAGAUCAGCUGUGGACGCUCGAGGCUUUGAUGUCAUCACAUGUGGACACUCAGCUGUGAUCGGGACAAUUGUGGACUUGGACCUGAGCCGUCUCUGUCCUUCAGGACUCAACUGUAGUUUGUGGGAGCUGAGAGGAAAUCAGUGCUUCAUCUCAUUCCUGCCUGACUCCACUGAAGCGUCAGCUGAGAAGAACCAGAGGCAGGUUACCAGGUUACCAGGUUACCAGGUUACCAGCUGUUCAAAAACAAAACCUCAGGUCUCUGCUCAAAACUAACCAACACAAACAUGUCUUACUCUGUUAGCAACAUGGACAGAGGACAAACUCAACCAACCACCCAGUCAAUCAACCAACCAACCAGUCAGUCAAUCAACCAACCAACCAGUUAACUAACCAACCAACCAACCAACCAACCAGUUAACCAACCAACCAACCAGUCAAUCAACCAACCAACCAAUCAGUCAAUCAGCCAACCAACCAGUCAGUCAACCAACCAACCAACCAACCAAUCAGUCAAUCAAUCAACCAACCAACCAAUCAGUCAAUCAACUAACCAACCAAUCAGUCAAUCAACCAACCAACCAGUUAACUAACCAACCAACCAACCAACCAGUCAAUCAACCAACCAACCAAC